CUUAGCCGGCGCCAGACCGACCCUCGACUUCGGAGGGCUAGUGCUGUGCCUCUGGGCGCUUCCUCCCCGGCUUCUUCGGCUUCUCCAGCCUCCUCGGCCUCCUUACCCUCCGUGGGAACCCGAGAUCUCGGUGUAUGCCACAGCCUUGACCCUGCUCGAGAGAUGUCUACCCCUGCUCGGAGGCGCCUCAUGCGGGACUUCAAGAGGUUGCAGGAGGAUCCUCCAGCUGGAGUCAGCGGGGCUCCGUCCGAGAACAACAUAAUGGUUUGGAACGCAGUCAUUUUUGGGCCUGAAGGGACCCCGUUUGAGGAUGGAACAUUUAAGCUUACAAUAGAAUUCACUGAAGAAUAUCCAAAUAAACCACCUACGGUUAGAUUUGUCUCUAAGAUGUUUCAUCCGAAUGUCUAUGCAGAUGGUAGUAUAUGUCUGGACAUACUUCAGAACCGUUGGAGUCCAACCUAUGAUGUGUCUUCCAUUUUAACAUCCAUACAGUCUCUGUUGGAUGAGCCCAAUCCCAAUAGUCCAGCAAACAGCCAGGCUGCUCAGCUGUACCAGGAAAACAAGCGGGAAUAUGAAAAACGUGUUUCUGCCAUAGUAGAACAGAGCUGGCGUGAUUGUUGACCUGGGUGCAGCAAAGUAAGAGGCUGGGCAUAAGAAAAAAAUAUAUUGAUGUAUUUGUCACCUUCCUAUUCAGUGUAAUACAUUUACUUUAUUAAAAGCAAAAUAGCUAUUGUGCUGUUUCCAUCUUCCCUUGCCAAGUUUUUCCUACCCCUUCUGUCCUUUCCUUGAACAUCAAAAAACACCCUCUAUGAAAUCAAAUGUACUGUACCUGGGUUACGUGCAAAAAUUACUAAUGUUUAAUUCCUUUUUUGUUGUAUCUCAUCUCCAGCUUUAGGGCAAUAUUGUGUUACUAUACUUUAUACUAAGCUUUUUAAAUGAAUUGUUGUACAAGUGGUACUUAUGCAUAGCUUGAUGAUCUGGAUGUUAUUUUUAACAAAAUGAUUGCUGAAGUGUUUCUUCCUGGCUGGUCCUUCACUUGUGUUGGAUUUAGAAUUAAAUGUUUGUAAUAUGGCAUAUAGAAAACCAAGAAACAACUCCAUAUAAAUAUUCAUUUUGAAAGAGUGAUGGAAGCUAAAAAUCUUGUGAUACUAAGAUCUAACUAAUGAAUUAUAAGAUGGUUUUUACUGGUAGGAAGAAUGUUAAAGGACUCAGCCAAAGGAGUACAGCAAUUGUAACUGACACAUCCUCUCCUUGCAAGAUAUUCACUGGGCACACCCAUGCUGAGUUUCAUACUACAGUCAGCCUUCUGUAUCUGCAGGUUCCACAUCCACAGAUGCUACCAAAUCAAAAAUAUUCAGGAAAAAAAAAUGUUAUGUUGCUGACGUGUACUAGGAUGGUUGCAUCUGUACUGAUGGAUACCUAGGGACAACUGUGCUGAAGUCUUCUGCGUUUUAGCUUUUUAAAGAAGUGUGGGAGCAGAAGAAUGGAAACAAUCAUUAUCUUUUAAGCAGGGAAAGGUUGAAGAUCUUUUAAGAUCUAGAUCUUGAAUCUUUUAAAGGAGCAGUGCUACCCUAGAUAAACAAAUUUAUAAUCUCCCAUAAUUUUUUAGUUUUAAUUAACCUAAGGAAGGGAACAUAUCUGUGGCAAAUUAUUUUCCACUCAAAUCCUGAGUUAAUGCUGCAUGCUUUAGUUUCUUCUUCCCUUUCAGUAUUAUAAGAACCUUAAAAGUCAAUGUUUGCAAUCUUUUGUUGGAUAUUUAUACUUUUAGAUAAAUAGUACCUUUAAGUAGCAGUGUGGGAUAAGGCUUGUUAAUGUUUUGUCUAAUGUUCCAUUGUCACCUUUUGUGCAUUUAUCACUUCUAACUUUGCACAAGUAACCCAUGUAAAAAAAUGUACAUUUUUCAAAAGUUGUAAAUAAAAAUGACCUUAAAAUUUUGUA